AUGGGAGCUAUAGCUAGCAGAUAUCGUGUCGCUAACUCAGGACUUACCAGUAUAGAUCUGAAAAACAUAGAAAAUGAGAAUAAACGUGAAAACCCCGGGACAUUAGACGAAUUGCACAAAAAGACCAAAGAUGUCAUGCCAGUCAACUUUGAGGGUGGAAAGCUCAUGGUCAACAAGGGUAUUUCUAAUCACUUCCAGAUGUCACACACAUUGACAAUGAGUUCGCAACAAAAUGGUUACAAACUGGGUGCCACAUACAUUGGCACUAAGCAAAUCUCCCCAACAGAAGCAUUCCCAGUUGUCUUAGGAGAUGUCGAUCCGUCCGGUAACAUUAACUUCAACCUCAUUCAUCAACUCACUCCUGAAAUUAGAGUUAAAGGAGCUGCACAGGUUCAAGAAUGCAAGCUUACAGCAACACAGGGAACUCUAGAAUACAAAGGCUCUGACUACACUUUGGCUAUGGCAGUUGGUAAACCUGACUUCAGUGAUAAAUCUGCAGUUUUCGUUGGACACUAUUUACAGUCUGUAACAAAACGGUUAGCUCUGGGUGCGGAACUAGUCUAUCAAUCUGGCACCAGAGUGAUGGGAGGUGAGAUCGCUAUAACUUCAGCUGCAGCAAGGUACACCAUGGAUGAUUCUGAAGUGUCAGCAACAUUGGGCUCUGCGGGCUUCCAUCUUUGCUACUUCAAACAAGCCAGUGAACAGUUACAGAUCGUAGCAGAAAUGGACACAUCUUUCCGAGGGAUGGAAUCCGUUGGCACAAUCGGAUAUCAAGUCAACAUUCCGAAAGCAGAACUUGUCUUCAGAGGCAUGGUGGACUCUAACUGGAAUAUUGGUGCGGUUCUAGAGAAGAAACUGCAACCUUUACCGUUCACAUUCGCACUGUCUGGCAUGGCCAAUCAAGCCAAACAACAGUUCAAGUUUGGCUGCGGACUAAUUAUCGGUUAG